AUGUCAAGAUUGUAUGAAAAGAUUUGCUUUAAAACAUCAUUGGAGAAGACAUAUGAUUUCUAUUAUAUGUUUAACGGACAUGACUAUAUAUGUAAAAAGUGUGGCAAAAUGUAUAUGCAUAGAGGGAGUCUUCAAAGACAUUCAAAAUUUGAAUGUGGAAUAACUCCAAAGUUUGGCUGUGGCUUUUGUGGAAGGAAAUUCUCUCAAAGAUCUAACUUAAGCAGGCACAUGGUCGAUAUACAUAGGAAUUCUUUUGAAGAAUUUAACAAUAAGCUUUCGGAAUCCAGAGACGAAGGUGAUUUAAUAUUGCAAGUCAGUAACCAAAACACCAUGUAA